AUGGUUUCUCAAGACCAAAGUAAGGACUCUGGCUCCAAAAAAAAUGGAGGUAAGGAGCUUGGAAUGGUAACUCCUCAAGACAAGCCCUUGAAGAAGAUGAAGUUUGUUUCAUCUGCUGAGACAGAACCAACCAGCACGACAACAAUUUCUGAGGAUUCAAAGUCAGGUCGAGGUAUGAGCACAAUGCCUCGUGUUGUGAAGAGAAAAUUGCAGAAAAUCAAGCCAGUUGUUGAGUACAAUAAAAGGGGGAAAGGAUGUGGCCCUGCACAUACUGAGAUGCAGUCCUACAUUGGUGUGUUGGCACGCUCCAGAGUCCCACUUGUGGACAAGAAAUGGGCUGAAAUCCCCAAGGAUAUAAAGGAGCAGAUUUGGGAAGCCGUUGACAUGGCUUUUGUGGUAGGUCAAGGGGGCAAGAACCUCGGUGUUAUCUUCUGCUGCCAAGAAAUGGAAGGAUUUCAAGUCUACACUAACGAGGCAUUAUAUCCUUCCAUACAUCAAGGAGAGGGAGAAAUUAAGCCAACCCCCUGA